AAUGAAGAAAUGGGUGUGUAUAUAUAUGAGGCGUGUAAGGGGUGGCAUUUGUUAGGCGCAGAGAUAAUAAGGUAUAUAUAAAAGAGGAAAAAAAAAGAAAAAAAAAAAAAGUGGGGCAGAGUGACCGGAAAAUAGAGAAAAAAUAUGAGCAGUUUGAGCAGCGUGGAGGCGAAGCUGCCGCCGGGAUUUAGGUUUCACCCCAGAGACGAAGAACUUAUUUGCGAUUAUCUUCUCAAAUGGAUCACCGGCGGCCCCCACCCGCUGCCUCUCUUGAUCCAAGUUGACCUUAACAAGUGCGAGCCUUGGGAUAUUCCAGAUUAUGCAUGUGUGGGGGGCAAGGAGUGGUAUUUUUACAGCCAAAGGGACCGAAAAUACGCAACCGGGCUGCGAACAAAUCGGGCCACGGUGUCCGGGUACUGGAAGGCCACGGGCAAGGACCGGGCCAUAAUCCGUAAGGGAGUCCUGGUGGGCAUGCGGAAGACGCUCGUAUUCUAUCAGGGCCGGGCCCCCAAAGGCCGUAAGACAGACUGGGUCAUGCAUGAGUUUCGCCUCGAAGGCCCACACGGGCCCGGCCCGAAAUCGCUCUCCCCCGUUAAGGAGGAUUGGGUUCUAUGCCGAGUGUUCUUCAAGAGCAGAUCAGAAAGCCCAGCGAAGUCAGAGGAAGCUGCAGGGAGCAGCAGCUACGACGUCGUUAACGGACCGUCUCUGCCGCCGUUAACGGACCCCUUCUUCUCAUUGGAUGAGUAUCAUCACGAGCAGGUGCCCUGCUUCUCCAUUUUCAACACAAACCCUAAUUUGUCGCUCCUCAACCACAUGGACCCGCCGCAGAUACCGCCGCCACCCAUCCACGAUCCUUCUUCUUGCGAUGAGAAGAUGAUCAAAGCUGUUUUGAACCAUCUCACCAGAAUGGAAAGUGGGAACGAUCAGAGCAGCAUUAAAGGCGGCUCGCCCAGCUUCGGGGAAGGAAGCUCCGACAGUUAUCUGUCGGAAGUGGUGUGGAAUAACUACUCAUGAUGUUAUUUCUCCGAAACAUGUGAUUUUUGUUUUGGAAUUUUCAUCAGGAUUGGAAGGAAAGAUUAAUGUUGGUAAAAAUAUAUAUAGUGUUACGUACGUGACUGCUGUAGAUUAGGUGUAGGUUGUAUGUAUGUACAUGAAUGUUUUUGGUCUCUGCAAGACUAUAAUUAUGCGAAUCAAUUGGAUCACUGUCUUGCCUAA